AUGCGCAUCUACAUGCAGUACGUUCUGACACUGUACGUGUCAGGACACAGCGUGGGGCCGGAAGAAGAUGAGGGAAGGUGGCAAAGCCCCCCCAAAAAAGCGGCCUCAAAGACGAAGCAUAAGGAGUGUGCAGGAUAUUUUGAAGUAGAUGAUCGUGGUAUCAUACAAGAUAUAUAUGAAGAGCAUGCCAAUAUCCAAGAUAUACCCUUAUCCAAUCACAGCAACAAUGCACCAUUUGAGUCUUUUAAACAGGUCCGAUCUUCUGAUUCAUCACAAACUGUAAAACAGAAUAAAAGUCACAGAAAAGGUGUAAAACAUCCAACAGCUCAUGAAAGAGAGAAGACAUUUUCAUGUUUAGAAUGUGGAAAAUGUUUUAAGCAAAAAUCAUCUCUUGUUACACAUCAGAGAGUUCACACAGGGGAGAAGCCAUUUUCAUGCUCAGAAUGUGGGAAAUGUUUCAAGCAUAAAUCAGCUCUUAUUAAACAUGAGAGAGUUCACACAGGGGAGAAGCCAUUUUCAUGCUUAGAAUGUGGGAAAUGUUUUAAGCAUAAAUCAGCUCUUGUUACACAUCAGAGAGUUCACACAGGAGAGAAGCCAUUUUCAUGUUCAGAAUGUGGGAAAUGUUUUUAUCAAAAAUGGGCUCUUGUUUUACAUCUGAAAAAUCACACAGGGGACAAGCCAUUUUCAUGCUCAGAAUGUGGGAAAUGUUUUAAGCAGGAAUCACAUCUUGUUGUACAUCAGAGAAUUCACACAGGAGUGAAGCCAUUUUCAUGCUCAGAAUGUGGGAAAUGUUUUAAGCAUAAAUCAGCUCUUGUUACACAUCAGAGAGUUCACACAGGAGAGAAGCCAUUUUCAUGUUCAGAAUGUGGGAAAUGUUUUAAGCAAAAAUGGGCUCUUGUUUUACAUCUGAGAAAUCACACAGGGGACAAGCCAUUUUCAUGCUCAGAAUGUGGGAAAUGUUUUAAGCAGUUAUCACAUCUUGUUGUACAUCACAGAACUCACACAGGAGAGAAACCAUUUUCAUGUUCACAAUGUGGUGAAUGCUUUAAGCAGUUAUCACAUCUUGUUGUACAUCACAGAACUCACACAGGAGAGAAACCAUUUUCAUGUUCAGAAUGUGAUGAAUGCUUUAAGCAGGAAUCAUAUCUUGUUGUACAUCAGAGAAUUCACACAGGAGAGAAGCCAUUUUCAUGCUCAGAAUGUGGUGAAUGCUUUAAGCAGGAAUCAUAUCUUGUUGUACAUCAGAGAAUUCACAUAGGAGAGAAGCCAUUUACAUGCUCAGAAUGUGGGAAAUGUUUCAAGCAUAAAUCAGCUCUUAUUAAACAUCAGAGAGUUCACACAGGGGAGAAGCCAUUUUCAUGCUCAGAAUGUGGUGAAUGCUUUAAGCAGGAAUCAUAUCUUGUUGUGCAUCAGAGAAUUCACAUAGGAGAGAAGCCAUUUUCAUGCUCAGAAUGUGGGAAAUGUUUCAAGCAUAAAUCAGCUCUUAUUAAACAUCAGAGAGUUCACACAGGGGAGAAGCCAUUUUCAUGCUCAGAAUGUGGGAAAUGUUUUAAGCAUAAAUCAGCUCUUGUUACACAUCAGAGAGUUCACACAGGAGAGAAGCCAUUUUCAUGUUCAGAAUGUGGGAAAUGUUUUGAUCAAAAAUGGGCUCUUGUUGUACAUCUGAGAAAUCACACAGGAGACAAGCCAUUUUCAUGCUCAGAAUGUGGGAAAUGUUUUAACCAUAAAUCAGCUCUUGUUACACAUCAGAGAGUUCACACAGGAGAGAAGCCAUUUUCGUGUUCAGAAUGUGGGAAAUGUUUUAGUCAAAAAUGGGCUCUUGUUGUACAUCUGAGAAAUCACACAGGAGACAAGCCAUUUUCAUGCUCAGAAUGUGGGAAAUGUUUUAAGCAGGAAUCACAUCUUGUUGUACAUCAGAGAACUCACACAGGAGAGAAACCAUUUUCAUGUUCAGAAUGUGGUGAAUGCUUUAAGCAGGGAUCACAUCUUGUUGUACAUCAGAGAAUUCACACAGGCGAGAAGCCAUUUUCAUGCUCAGAAUGUGGGAAAUGUUUUAAGCAUAAAUCAGCUCUUGUUAAACAUCAGAGAAGUCACACAGGAGAGAAGCCAUUUUCAUGUUCGGAAUGUGGGAAAUGUUUUAACAGGAAAUCAAAUCUUGUUACACAUCAGAGAAGUCACACAGGGGAGAAGCCAUUUUUAUGCUCAGAAUGUGGGAAAUGUUUUAACAGGAAAUCAGCUCUUGUUACACAUCAGAGAAUUCACACAGGGGAGAAGCCAUUUUCAUGUUCAGAAUGCGGUGAAUGUUUUAAGCAGGAAUCACAUCGUGUUGUACAUCAGAGAAUUCACACAGGAGAGAAGCCAUUUUUAUGCUCAGAUUGUGGGAAAUGUUUUUAUCAGAAAUGGGCUCUUGUUGUACAUCAGAGAAUUCACACAGGGGAGAAGCCAUUUUCAUGUUCAGAAUGUGGGAAAUGUUUUAAUCGGGAAUCAUAUCUUGUUGUACAUCAGAGAAUUCACACCGGGGAGAAGCCAUUUUCAUGUUCAGAAUGUGGGAAAUGUUUUAACCAGAAAUCAGCUCUUGUUUCACAUAAAAAAACUCACAGAGAGAAGCCAUCUCCAUGCUUAGCCCUUUAGUGACCACUCUUAUGUGUUUUUAUGGUAGUCAGUGUUUCUAACUGACUUUAUUCCGUCAGACACUCCUUUUUACAGAGAGAUAAAACAGAAAUUAAUUUGCUUUGAGUUACCAGAGGUGGCCGAGGGCUUGGAGUGAUGAUUGGGACCGCUGUGAGAGCUCCCCAAACACGUAUUGUCUCUUGUAUUGAAUGAAUACCGGUCAUCAAAGGACAGAUCCAGUUAAAAGUGAAAGUUUAUACUGUAUAUAUAUCCCCUCUAAACAAAAAUGUUUGGUGAGAGGAAAUAAAAAAA